AUGGGACUGACCAAAGCAAGGGUAGAGGCCGCUCCGGCCGCCCCAGGCGCCGCCAUCCCCGACGCCGCCGCCGGGGCAGGCGCCGUCGCCCCGGAUGCCGCCGGCCUCACCGACGGUCCCGGCACGCGCGCCACCGUCCUUGUUGAGGUCGCCGCGGACGUCGUCGAUGCCAACGCGCGUCCCGAUCCGUCCGCCGCCGCUACUGUCUCCGUCGCAGCUGCUGGAGCGGGCGUGCCCGUCGCCGCCGCGUCCUUCGUUGCGGCCACCAAGGCAGGCGUUCCCGCCCCCGUCGUGGCCUCCGGAGCAGGCACCUCCGCCACUGCCUUCGCCGCGGCUCCCCGGGCGGAUGUCCCCGCAUCUGCCGCCGCCGCUGACUUUGUCGCAGCCGCCGGGGCGGACGUCCUCGCCUCCCCCGCCGCCGCUGUCCCCGUCGUGGCCGCGGGGGCAGACUCUCUCUCAUCCGUCGCCAUCGUCGUCCCCGUCACAGUCGCUGGGACAACCGCCCCCGUCUCCGCCACCACCGUCGGAGCCGCACACUCCUCCUCCGCCUCGUCAUCGAGGUCUAUCACCACCCCGGUCGGAGGGCCCCCAGGGGCAAUACCCUGUCCCGUGGGGUUGGUUGAGGAAGCAGAGGGCAGAGCAAAGGUCAGACCCUGCCUCGUGCCCGGUGGCGGCGCCACUCCACCAGUUGCCGCCGCAGGAGCCACCUCCGCGGUAGGGUUCGCAGUCUCCCCGGCGACACCACCGCUCGCUGCCGGCGGGGUCGGGGUCCGCUCUAUGGAGGUGGACAACACCCAUAGCGCCUUCUUCGGCGCUAGCGGUGGGACGAGGCCUUGA